UCGUCUUCACUUCUUUCAUUAUCAAUCAAAGUUAAUACAAAACAAUAAUAAUGGCUAUCAAGCUUUACGAUACGCUUGUCUUCACUUCAACCAAUGCUCUUCGUGUUAAGGCUUGUCUCGCCGAGAAGGAGCUCGAUUAUGAGGUCGUUAACCUUAACACGAGUAAUAAGGAACACAAGAGUCCUGAAUUUCUGUCCCGUAGCCCGUUUGGUCAGAUUCCAGCGUUUGAAGAUGGUGAUCUCAAGCUGUUCGAAUCAAGGGCAAUUACACAAUACCUAGCUCAUGCAUACCCGGACAACGGAACCAAUCUAAUAAUCCACGACCCGAAAAAGAUGGCAAUAGUUGGCGUGUGGAUCGAAGUCGAGUCUCAAAAAUUCGACCGGUCUGGAUCAAUACUAGCAUGGGAGCUAGUAUACAAACCCAAGUUCGGUUUGACAACCGACGACGUUGUUGUGGAAGAGAACGAGAAGAAGCUAGAACAAGUGCUCGACGUGUACGAAUCACGGUUGUCCGAAAGCAAGUAUUUGGGUGGUGAUUGCUUCACGUUGGCGGAUCUUCACCACCUUCCUGUUUUGAAGUUUUUGUUUGGAACCAAGGCGAAGAGAUUGUUCGACGCGCGGCCACAUGUCAGCACCUGGGCUGCCGAGAUCCAGUCCAGGCCUGCAUGGGUGAAAGCAAUCACGGCUUGAUUGAUUUUGUGGUGAGAGUUUGUGGCUUCACGUAUAAAGAGUGAUAUUGUAUGAUGUGUUUGUAAUGUUUGUUGCCCACAUAUAUAAUAAUAAGUUAACAUGAAAACAAUAAUAAAAGGCUUUUUUAUGCUUA